AUGAUUUUGUAUCAUACUCUUCAAGAUCUCGACAAUUAUGAACCAGAACCAGAUAUUUUGGAAAACGAAGUGACAUUCGCAAUGGAAACACUAGCAAAUGGUAAAGCACCUGGACAUGAUGGCAUCCCAAUCGAAUGUUUUAAAACAAUUAAAGAAGAUACAGUGAAAGUAUUAACAAAAUUAUGCCAACAAAUAUGGAAAACAAACAAAUGGCCUGAAGAUUGG